AUGGGAGUCGAUGUCAACGCGGUUAACAAGCAAGGAAGUAGCCCAAUGGAAACUGCAGUUCUCCAUAAUCAGACCGGUUUGGCCAAGUUUUUCAUGGAUAAUCAAGCGGAUAUUGUUCUACAAAAUCCAAAAAAUGGAUAUACCAUUUUGACUGCUGCAAUCUCCAUGAAGAACGUCAAUUUUGUUAAGGAUAUUUUGGCAUUACCUCAGGCCGAGACGCUUCUGAAUAUGGCAACCAAAUCUGACUAUCCUCAAAGCCCAUUAACGCUGGCUGUCAAUCAAGGGCAAAUGGAGAUUUUGAAGAGCAUCUUGGACUGUAUGAUUAAGAAGAAGAUCGUCAAUGAUGGAAUUGUCAACCCGAAGAUGAAGCAGGUUGGAUAUUCUGCACUUCAUUAUGCCGCAUUGGAAGGAUCAGUGGAAUCCGCCAGACUGAUUUUGGAUUAUGAGAAGAACAGUGGCAAGAAAAAUAAGAAAUAUGUCCAAUUUAUGGAUCGGGAAGACUAUCAGGUAAGUCAUACGGAAUUCAAAUUAGGGUAACGUUUUAUACGACAAAAGGGUUUUUGAAGACUUUACGGUAUAAAAAGACAAACCAUGACUUUUUAAAUUCAAAAAUAGAACGUAUAAAAUGUUACACAAAAAUAUCUGUAUCCUCUACUGGUGACGUGUUACACAAAUUUUUAUUUCAGGGUCAAACUCCUCUUCAAACUGCUGUUGUUUGCAAGUGGCUCAAUGUUAUUAAAUUUCUGCUUGAAGCCGGAUCCGAUCCCAAUCACAAGGAUCUUGUUGGAAAAUCAGCCUACAAUCUGGCCGAGGAAUCAAAAGACGAAGAAUUCAAAAGACAAUUUGAUGAGAUUUGUGCGCAAACUGGUGCUCCAAAGAAAGUUGUUGGCGGAAAGAAGAGGACUUAUCAGGUAAGGAAGGCGUGUGAGAUAAUUUUUUAGAGUAUGGUAUAAUACAAGAAUUAUCAAAAAAUUGAAUUUUUUUUUGUCAGUCUAAAAUACUUACCAAUACAUUUUCAGGCCCUAAUUCAACCCGAUGUCCAGCCAAUUCCCAAGCAAUCACGGCCCAAUCAGGUCGAUAAUCGUCGAAUUUCCGUGGAAUCGGGCAUUGCGUCUGCUGACUCUUCGUUUUCCUCGACUUGCUCUCCCAGUUCGGCUCCUCAAAUCCAACCUUAUCUACCACAAUUUGGCAACUGGAAUCAGCCAGGAUACGAUUUUAGUCAAUUUAACUCCUAUCAAAACAUGAAUUAUGGGUUUGGAAUGCAAGGAAAUGGCCAAAUGAACUCGGUGAAUGGCCUCAUUAAUACCCCUGUGGCUGCUGGCACCUAUGGUAAUUUGGGAUUGCCAAGUUUAUAUCAAAAUAACUUGAACUUCAAUUCAAAUCUCUUCCCUGCUAUGACUAUGAAUCCUCUUUAUCAAUCUCCCAGUGCGACAACCUUGACUCCUAAUUCGCAAAUUUGCCCUCAGGCAGCUUAUUCUUCCCCCACUACAUUGAAUAUCCCUCAGUCUUCUCAGUCGCCCCCUCAGGCUAUUAGUUCUCAUUCAAACUCUCCUCAAGUCUUAUCGCCAGCCAAUCUUGUUCAAAAUCCCACUCAGAAUUAUCAAUCCCAAUAUCCUUAUCCGUCUUCAAAUUACUCUAUGAAUAUGCAAAUGACCGGCUCCCAGAUGAAUCUCGACCAAACGGGGCAUAUGAAAUCGCAGCAUACUUAUUUGUCUUCCCAGAUGUCUUUGAAUACCUGGUCCAAUUCGAAUCAGUAA